UCCAAAAUGGCGCGACUACGUUUCCCUGGGUGUCCGGGACAGAGAAUUGGAAGAAAUGGUGUUACCUUUGAAGACAAUAAGAGUCGUCUGCAGUGUGAUCCAUCGUUAAGUGCUGUGUCAAACCUUCAGCGGAGUUUUAACUGUUUUCACGAGUUGUUUGGAGCGUCGGAUGAGGAUGAUGACUUUCAUGGGUUCUCUACCAGGGAUGUUCGGAAAUCCCUCCUGAAGUUAAGACAUUUCACUGGCGAACCUUCGGAACUGUGCCACAAGGAUGAGUUCAUCAAUGACAUCAUACUUGUCAAGCCUGUCGAAAAACUCACAGGUCGGAGCAACCUGCCGCCAGAUCCAGGUGGUGGUGGCAACCAGGCAGCCGACCGGCCACGUGAUGCAGUCUCCGUCAAGCAAAGCAAACUACCAGUAGGCGGCAAGUUGCCCAAGACCCACGACAACAGGGAGCGAAGGAGAGUCUCGGGCCGUCAGGCUGCGCAGCGCCUUUUAGACCGUGCCAAACGGGGCCGUAACAAGGUCCCGCCAAAGAAGGAGAGUGCUGAGAGCCGUAACGGUGCCUUGACCACGCGGAAUGGUUGUUUUCAGCUGCCUGCCAUAAGUGCGCGCUCAUCGAGGCGGAUCAUCCCACGCAAGCGAUACCUGGAGGACAGCGAGGAAGAUGUGCCACAGCUGCUUCACAUACAGAAGAAGAAAGGCAUUGGGGCACAGUUGCCGACUGUUCCUGAGGGAGCUACGGCCGAAGGCAGCGACGAUGGCACCGGCCGAGUUUCCUUGCAGGAGGAAGCCAGCAGUGGUGAGCGCAUCGCUGGCAGGACGGACGACUCAAGCUGCCACCUGGAGACAGACCAAAGUACAGCAGAAGGAGACAACGCUGCGGAGCGCAUGGGCCUGUUUGACCAGCCCCUCGUGGUGCAAGGCAAGCGUCCGUGGAAGCCGUCCCUCAAGGUGCAGCUUCGUCUUUCAGAAGCCAACCUGGGCUCACCAUUUGCUUUCAAGGGCAGUCGGAGGGGAUCGCAGACCACCUCGUCGGCGGACUCGACCAGAGAGUCCAUCAAGCGGGACAUGGUGUCCCGCUAUGCCGAGAUCAUGGCGACGCGAGAGGACGGCCCGUCGACGGAGGUUCCCAACUCUCCACCGGGGACGGCACCUCUCGAGGAUAAGGUGGCCGCCAAGAUUGCAAGGCUGCUCAAGUCGCAGUGGGAGAAUCGCCUGGGCUCGGGGGGCAGCGGGCCGCGGCGGAACGUGGUGCUUCGGAAAGCGCGGCUACGACUUAGCCAGCGGACGCUUAAAAAGUUGAGGCAGCCCCUUGAGGAGAGUGCGGAGGGAAAUGUUGUGUCUGAGGUGACGCCAGAAGUGGGAGCGGAGGAGAUUGCAGAGCCGCCGAGGAAGCAGCGGGAACGGAGGCUUCCGCCGCUGAACGGAAUGAAUAGAGGGGCAGAGAGAGGCUCAUCGGUGACCUCAAGUGAGUCCAAGUGCAGUGUCUGCCAGCAGUACAAGCGUUCGACCGAGCUUUCCAUUCGCUACGGCCAAUAUGCAUGCCGCUUUUGCUUCCGGUUCUAUGCUGCUUUCCUGAGGAAGCCCAAGAAGUUUGUCUGCCCAAAGGAUGGAAACUGCAACCUCGCACAACCAUCCAAGUGCAAGGGGUGCCUUGUGCAUGCCUGCUGGAACUUGUUUGACAUCCCGGCUCCCCUGAAACAUCGCAUGCAGCGACACCUUCGGCCACCUCGGGGCGACUGCCGUCCACGGCGGCCGCCACGGAAACGGAGACUAUCCGAGGACAAGACGCGCGCUGAGAACCUCUCAGAAAUGCCAAAGCCUGUUCUUUCUAGUCCAGAUGAUUCACAGGAUACCCUGACUUCCAGCAGCGAUUCAAUCAAGAGCACCCAUGGGCCACGCAUCAAGCACGUGUGUCGGCGCGCAGCCGUUGUGCUGGGGCAGAAGCAGGCCACAUUCCCACCAGCGCCUGCCGGCCGCAUCAGCCUGAGUGCCCUGUCUGAGGAGGACAAGAGCCGCCUUGCUGUGCAUCACUCCUCGCAAGAAGAAGACUCCUCUCCCGAGGUGCCCGAGCGGAACCGCCGGAAGGACGACAGCAAGAAGAGGGACGACAGUGGAGGCAGGAAACGAGACGAGGGGGGCCGGAAGAGGGACCACGAGAGGAGAGGUGGCGGCAGUGCGCCUGGAAGGGACGACGAGCAACAUCACCCUCCGCCACCGCAGGAGAGGUCGCGUCGCGGCAAGGACCACAACUACAGGACGGACCACCAACACCGCGACCAGCAUCAGCGGCAGCAGAGUCAGGAUGAAGAGCAUCAACAGCAGCAGCCCGAUCAGCAGCAGCAGCAACACAGGCAGGAACAGAAAGACGGCAGUGCCACGGAAGAACGGGAGUUGCCUCCACAGGAGGAGCAAGGCCAGCAGGAGAGAAGAGAGGGCACCGCAACGAGCAACAGUGAGAACAAGGUCGGUCAGGAGGAGAAGCAAGGAGCAGAGGAGGCGGCAGAAGUACCGAGAACACCGGAGGCGAAGAAGAGGAAAUCGGAGACCGACAAAACAAGUGCAGGGAGCAGCCUGGUGGUCGGACAGCUCGACCAGCUUGUGAAGCAGGUGAAGCAGGAGGCAGUCAGUGAUGAAAUCGGCCCGCCGGCAAUGCAGCCUUCUAGAACGCAGUCGCCCAACAUCGCCGAGGAAAAGAUGCACCCGUCGGCGGCACCCAUGGAAGAUCUUGCCCUGGAUAAAAGUGCUAAAAGAGAGGUGCCAGUGGAGACUUCGAGGUCUGGCAGGGCGCUGCGACGCAAGACAGACCAGAACCGGGGUUCCAUAACCAACCUUGGUUACACGAGGGUUCGCAAGGCCCGCUGCAACCAGUGUCCAGGUUGCCUGGCAGAAGACUGUGGAAAGUGUGCCUGUUGCCGAGACAAGAAGAAAUUUGGAGGAAAGAACCUUUUGAAACAGGCGUGCUUGCAUAGGCGCUGCUCGAACUUGUCCCUGAAGCCGUGGAACCGUUCCACACUGAUUGAAGCGAGCGAGGCAGAGCUGGCGUCGGAGCAAAGUCAGAGGAGCCCCCCGCAGCCAUGCAAGAUCGAGGAGGAAGCCGGCAACAAGCCGGAAGCCAAGUCGAGAAAGAAGAGGAAGCCAAAGAUGAUGCUGCCACCAAAGCCAGUUAAAAGGUACAGGCCCAAGCUGGACAAGUACAAGCGGUUGCUGAGACAGAAGCAGAAAGCCGGCAAGAAAGCAAAGACCCCGAGGAGUCUGCUCGCCAAGAACAAAUCCUCACGAAACCCCCUGGCGGCCAAGUGCAAGCCUGAGGUGCCCUGCGGAGUGGAUGCCGAAGAGUCAAGAGGUUUCAAAGAGAAUGGUUCCUCGGCCGGGGGUGUCACUGCUGACCAGGAGACUGGAAGCCAAGGCAGUUGGGAGAACAGCAACAGCACCAGCAGCAGCAACAGCACUGGGAAUAGCAGUACCGGUGGCAGUAACAGUGUGGCUGCUAAGGAGGCCAGGCUGCAGGCAAAGAUGUAUGCCCCUCUGGUGCCCAAGGUUGUCGACCACCCGCUGUCUUCACGACAGCUGAGCAAGAAAUCUGUGGGCCAUGGAAACCAGCCCCUGGUUCAGGCCUUACUGUGGGACGAGUACGAGCGGUCCAAGCUGCUUUCGUCAGGUUUCCCGCUGGUGUCAGCAAAGCAGUUUGCAGUGCAGGCGGUCUGCUUUCUUUGUGGAAGUGCCGGAGAGGAAGAGCUGUUGUUUUGCACUGUGUGCUGCGAGCCAUACCACUGGUUCUGCCUUGACACCGAAGAAGUGCCGCAGCCAGGCAUGGACCGAGAGUGCUGGUGUUGCCCGAGGUGUCAAGCCUGCAUUGUCUGUGGACACCGGAGUAGUCAACUUUUGAGGUGCAACAAGUGCCAGCAAAUGUACCACACAGACUGCUUGGGCCCAGGCUAUCCAUCAAAGCCAUCCAGGAAAAAGAAAAUCUGGGUCUGCAUGAAGUGCAUAUGCUGCAAAAGUUGUGGAUCCACCUCAUCCAAGAACUCUUCCUGGAACUUCGAUCUCUCGUUGUGCCACGAGUGCAUGCUUCUCCGAGAAAAAGGAAACUAUUGCCCACUCUGUGAAAAGUGCUAUGAAGAUGAUGAUUACGAGUCAAUGAUGGUCCAAUGUUCCCAGUGCCAAAAAUGGAUUCAUGCUCGCUGUGAUGGCAUAUCGGAGGAGUUGUACCAGGUGUUGUCCCUGUUGCCCGAGACGGAGUUGUACCUUUGUCGGCUGUGCGAGCCAGACUCUCCCCGUCUGUGGCUUGGCACGGCUGAACGCGUCCUGCAGGAGCGACUGCGCUGCAUCAUGAACUCCCUGACCGAGCUGCAGAAAGCGUCGAAGGACCGCUGCCAAGUGUUGGAGCAGGCGGUGCCCACACCUCCUGAUCUCAUGGCUUUGCCCGAUGAAACACAGGACAAGGAUGGUUCAUUGGACUCCACUGAGCCAACAGCGACACUUGCAAGAACAGAACUUCACUUCGUGGAUCUUAUCAAGGUGCAGCACAGACUCGAGUGUGGAGAGUACACUACUGUGAAGGAGUUUUGCGAGGAUGUCCUGCAGGCUACCACGGACAGCCGGGUCUCGGUGCAAAUGGUGAGGGACUUGCUAGGAAAGCUCCUGGAGGAGGCAUUCCCGAACAUGCGGCCCUCCCCGCUGCCACCCACGCCUCCACAUGAGCCCAGUGCCCUGCUGGGCACCCCCGGAUCGCUUCUGUUGGCAGACGCGGUGUUGCCACCUCACGGGGACCACCUGUACGCCCAGUGCCAGGCAAGGCCCAACGGAACCGGCCCGCCCAAACCACAGCAACCGGGACUACUACGGGACACCACUGAGCAAGGAGUGGACUCUCGGCAGUGUGUCCUGUGCGGUCAGCCUGGUGACGACUCCUGCAAUAAGUCUGGCCGACUCUUGUAUGCUGGUCAGGACAACUGGGUGCACGUCAACUGUGCGCUCUGGUCUGCGGAGGUCUUUGAGCAGGGAGAUGGCGCUCUGCACCGGGUGCACUCUGCAAUCUCAAGAGGGCGCUACCUGCGCUGCGAGGUAUGUGGCAUUGUGGGCGCCACGGUCGGGUGCUGCGUGCGGGGUUGUCCCGCCAACUUCCACUUUGGCUGUGCACAAGCGGCGCAAGCCGUCUUCCAGGCCGACAAGAAGGUCUUCUGUUCCUUCCAUCAGGGCAACGUCAACCGUGAGGUGGUUGAAGGGGACAAGUUUUCUGUCUGCCGUGCUGUCUACGUGGACCAGCAGGACGUCAACUCCAAAUGGCAAAAAGCGUGGGAGGCAACUCUUGCCCAGGAGAUGACAGUCAUCGCAGGGGCCAUGACGAUUGAGUGUCUGGGAUACUUGACAGAGGCGUCGGACCUUGAAGAUGUCCUUGUUCCAGUCAACUACAGGUGUCGGCGCAUGUUCUGGAGCACCCAGAACCCUAGGCAGAGAGUGGUGUAUGUGUGCCGGACAUACGAGGUGCGCCCGCCACGUCCUCCUCCGUGCGAGGAGGACUGGGGUGCAAAUGUGACCACUGCACACGACGACACGCCUCCCGGCGUGAAUGAAUUCGCGCAAUGUGAUAUUUCGUCUGAAAACUGUGAUAACACUGGUGGUGGGCUCACCGUGCCGACAAGUGAGUGUUUGCCCGCUUCCUCGUCUGCCCCCGAUUUGGACGACCUCGACGCCAAGAUCCUCGAUGAACUUGCUAGGUGUGUCCAGAAUAGUGACAGCCAGAUGGACUUUGCUGAGCUGCUGGAGAACAUAUCUAGGUCCUGUGACCCAGCAGCUGCUUCCGUUAGAAAUUCUGGUGGAGGUGGCGGCAGCAGCAGUAGCAGUAGCAGUGUGGCACCAACAGCCAGUGUAAAUAGUGGUUGCAGCGAGUCUGCAGAGGCAGCGACAUCGGCAGCACCUCCUGUUGUGGCCAACCAGUCAUUGACAAUGUGUCAGGACAAAUCAGUGAGGAGUGUUGAUGUGGCAAAAUGCGAGGCAGCUACUGCCUCUGUGGUUGGUGGUCAGGACCAGCAGCCAUUUCAUCAGGACAGUGUUCAUGGGGCCGCUGAGGUACCACCAGCGCCUGCUGUGCCCAUGCCUGAGGCACACAUGACGGUGCAGAGCAAUGGACAGCAACUCGGUGGCAGUGGUGAAACGUCGUCGUCUGUAUUGAAGUUUGUGGCAAAACCAGUGAAACAGCAGCAGCAAAGUGUGUGUGGGUGCACCUGUGAAAACCGGACUGCCAAGGCAGCAGCUAGCAGACUGGCCAUGACGCCCACCCGGGUGCGAUCGCGGCCGCCUGCUUCCCCCAAGAUCAUUCUGCCCAAGGUGCCAGGUUCCCAGUCUCAGGGUUGCCAGCAGAGGUCCAGGCACGCCCCCUGCCAACAGCAACCCCACCAGCAUCAGCCGCAGCAUCAGCAUCACCAGCAUCAGCAUCAGCAGCAGCAGAGAGCAACUGCAAUGGUUCCACCAGCCUUGCAGGCCCAGUCAACAUGCCUCGGCAUCCCCCCCGUGGCCGCCACGCAACCCUUAGUCAGCUACUCCCCAUAUGCCUACAACUUUCCUAUGAUAAACCAGUUCCCAUCGACCAUUAACAUGACGAGCGUGAGCUGCGACAAGUUUGAGGUGUAUGAAGUGCCCGGUGGCACCAUCAUCAUACCGCGGCAGCACUACCGACUCGAAAAUUGUGUGUCUACACUGAGCAUGGCAGCAGCAGGGGCUCAAGUAGCCUAUCUUGGCUCGCUGCCACUAGUGGCGGCGCCAUUUAUGCAGCCGGCAGCGCCGCCACUCGCGUUUAUCGGUGGCCUCGGAGGCCAAGCUGCGGCACCUGUAAUGCCACUUGCCUUGCAGUCGCCUGGUGUGUGCGGCCAGGUGCCUCUCGUCACGGGUGGCGGGCUAGUAGCGAAUGCAGGUGUCAUGGCCCCCAGCGUAGCCUCUGCGGGGCUUAUGACGUCGGUCACCAGUCAGACCUCUGUGGUGAACACCGGUCCAAUGCCAGGUACUAGGUCUAGCUCAACGGCCAAGCGUGUUCCUUGUUACGCGAAUGCUCACCGCAACAUGCUCGCCCAGAAGCAGAGCGCCAAGGCAGCCAUGAUGCGCAAGCGGAUGCUGCAGUCUGGUAAACAAGUCACAAAAGCUAUUGUGGCCCAAGGCCAAGCAUUUGUGGCUCGGGAACGGUGUGCGAAAUGUCUUGUUCUGCCAGUGCGUACGGCAGCCGCUGCCACUGCAGGAAUCGCUGCUCCGGGGGAUGCCUUAAAAGUUACACCCGCGGCCACCGCUGCAUCUCAACCGGCAGCCUCUGUGGCCACGCCCACAAGCACGACUUCGGCUCCGCCUGCAACAGUGUUGCCAGUGGCGGCGCAAGCACAGCGCAGUGUCCCGUCCCCCGAGGUUUACCCCGAGCCGGACUCGUCGACGGAGUUCCUCAGUGGACCGGGGCGCGUGUCGCCAGUGCUUCUGCCACCGCCGCAGCCACCGUUCAGCCCCAGCCCUCAGGAGAGCCCUCGAGGUGCUGGUGACUCCGGUUCUCUUGGUGCGGAGUCCAUCUUUGCGCUGCUGCAAAAAGCGGCUCAGCGCAUUCUGCAGGAUGGCUGGCCGCCCGACACCGAUUCUGAUCCAUGCCCACCGACAUCAUCUAAUGCCAUGCCACCAGACGGCAAGGAACCUGUGCAUAGCACGGUGGGAAUUCUCCCUCCAGCAGUGCCACAGCGGGAGGAGGUGCGCUCAUCGCACUUUGACAGGCCCUACAUUGUCUACGAGAUCAGCAGCGAGGAUGGCUUCCUGCACUCUUCACCCAAUGCACACGAAGUAUGGCGAUACCUUUUUGAAAAGCUUCAGGAUGCUCGUGCUGGUGCCAACAUGCAACCCUUGACUAAUGAUGAUGUGGACGGUUUUGCCCUGAUGGGUCUCACGCACAAGGCUGUUGUGUAUCUCACUGAGCAGCUGCGAGGGGCUGACAACUGUGAGAACUACAUCUUCAAGUACCACAAGCGCAACAGCACCAAGCUUCCAGAGAACCCAUCAGGCUGUGCCCGACUAGAGGGCUUCAAGUCACGGGGACACCAUGACAUGUUCAAGUUCCUGGCGUCUGCACAUCGGUCGCCGCCUUGCUACGACCCGAGCAGCGACAAUGGAGAUGAGGUGGAGGUUCUGCACAAGUCGUCGCGACGCCUGACCAGCUUGGACCUUCCCAUGGCCAUGCGCUUCCGGCACCUCAAGAACACGGCCAAGGAGGCCGUUGGUGUCUACAGGUCGAGUAUUCAUGGAAGAGGGCUGUACUGCAAGCGCAACAUUGAUGGAGGAGAGAUGAUAAUUGAGUAUGCCGGAGAAGUGAUCCGAGCAGCCCUCACGGACAAGAGGGAGAAGUACUACGAGAGCAAGGGGAUUGGUUGUUACAUGUUCCGCAUUGACGACCACGAGGUUGUUGAUGCCACUAUGCAUGGCAAUGCUGCCAGAUUCAUCAACCACUCCUGCGAGCCCAACUGUUACUCAAAGGUGAUUACUGUGGAAAACAAGAAACACAUUGUGAUAUUCGCACUGAGAAGGAUUCUCAAAGGAGAGGAACUGACGUACGACUAUAAGUUCCCCAUCGAAGACGUCAAGAUUCCAUGUUCUUGCGGCUCCCGAAGGUGCCGCAAGUUUCUGAACUGAGCUGGGCACCCGGCUGCGAUGACCGAACUUUCGCUGCCUCCAGGGUGGGCCAUCUACUGUCCCCAUGCAUCGAGCUUACACUAGUUGUGGGACUUUUGUACAUAUGCUUUUAUUUGCAGUCCGUCGUCGAUGUCUGUAGCUACGCCCUCACCACCAAUGUCGUGUCCACAUUCAUCUGUUUUGUUGCAUCAUUAUAAUUAUUAUUCCUAUCAUUAUUAUUAUUAUUGCCAUCGAUCCUCACUUUUUCGUGCCCUCUUUUGAAAGUGCUUCAUUGCCACAAUUGUGGAAUCAACUCUCUUAAUCCCCACUAUGUACGUAUACGACAUGUGUGCCAUGGUUGCAUGCUUUUUAUAUUUUUUCCCCUGAUAAUUGUGUGCGAACAAGGCGUUAUAUCUUUAGAGUUACCGAGUGCUGAAGCGAAUGUAUGGUCACCUGUCUUUGUUGUCGAGCGAGCCUGCCCUUUUGGUACCUUGUGUAAAAAGUAAAGAAAAAUAAUAAUGAAAUACAAACGAAUGAGCAAGUAAACAACACAAAUUAUUGUAGAAAGGGUAACGGAAUGAACUACAGAUAACACGUUAGUGGAAACCCUCGUACCCAAGAGAUAUUUUUCUGGUCGGCAGAAGUGUGCGCGUGCGCACCGACGCCUUGUUUUUUUGAUUCGACAAGAAAGAAAAAGAUGGUUAGAACAAGAGUGAUGUACACGAUACCUGAAAGUGCCUUGAGUGGUUUUUACGGGUGCCAACUGUGAUCCCUGAAAGUCAACCUGUACAUAGCAUAGAUGUUUUAGCUGUAAUUACCACCAUCAAGGAGAGCACGAGACAACAUUGUAACGAAAUCUUGGAGGAGUUAUUGCGAUGCUAUUGGAAAGCAGUAGUGCAAAAAAAAAAAGGAAGAAGAAAACGAUUAUGCACAUUUAUAAAUAUCUCAUCCUAUAGUAUAUAUAUAUAUGUAUAUCGGUUGUUGUGUUCAGAAUUCUUGGAACUGUGCGUAUUUGUAGUGUCACUAUGGCUUGUAAUUGCGAGCGCACAUGCUUUGUUCUUGUGUCGUCAAGUCAUUCGGCGAGAGCUCUUGGGGAUGUGCGCGCCUGAGCCUAGCCCUGCCGCCAUUUUCGUUUUGAUUGUCGUUUGCUCGGGAGCAAUGAACUGCACAUGAACAAUUGUAACUCGUUUUUAGAUCUUUUUGAAUGUGCAUGUUUUACCGCACCGUGCUGCUGAGGCUAUGUGGAUAAGAUGCGACAUUGUAAAAUAUGUUACUAGAGUGCUUUUUCUUCCCCUCUCCUCUUUUCCCGAGCGGAAGUUGUGAUGCCUCUGUUUUAGCACGCACAUGAUGUUUAGGGCGCAAAUUUAUUGCCGCAGCAUUUUAGGAUUAGUAGAAGUGAUUGAGACUGUACAUAUAUGAGAAUGCAUAAAGAUGUUUGUUUUCUGAA